CGAACGUCGUGCGCGUACAGCGCGCGUGAUUCGUGCGCGGCAUUCAAAUGCAGAUUCGCCUCUGACGCGAGAAAGGGGGAUGGGGCAUGUACGAGCGCAGCCGUACGAGGAGACGAAGAGAAGUAUUGUCAUCGUAAAUUUGGCUUUUCUCCUCGGCCGAGCCGUUUGCCCGACUGCCAAGAAUAAGACGUAAAUCAUUUUGUUUUCGUUGGCGAAUGAGCGAGAGGCGAGAGAGAAAAGGCGAGUCGGCGCUUCUACGUAUGCGCAAGUUGGACAAAACGGAUUUUUUCGGAAGACCUAUUGAUUUCAUACGAGACGUUUCCCCUCGCAACAUAUUUUCGCGCACAGAAAAGAGGCGAUUGGUUCCGGUCAGCCAUUUACGAGAAUCGCUAACUAACACCUCUAUUUAGAAUUACGAUUCCUCGCUGUUCUCUUUCCGACUAUACAGUGUGCGCGUGAAAUUCUCGGAACGAGUCCGAGCGUCGAUAUUAGACUGUACAAGCUUAUGAAAUCAGUUCGGGCAUGGCAACGGCCUUCGACAGCUUCGAUUUAAGCACAUCGGACGUAAACUGAAUCAGUGUGUAUGGUGUUCGCGAGUGAAUCUGUCGCGUCGCUUUAUAAGUUAACCGUCAUAGCCAAGACUGGCUUUAUUGCGUCUAAAAAUGAAAAAUUCCAAGCCAUGCGAGCCCUUCACGCGACAAUCAACGCUGCAGGGACACAUCGGUUUUGACAGCCUUCCUUAUCAGCUUGUGAAUAAAUCGGCGACCCAAGGAUUCGUUUUCAACAUACUGUGUAUCGGUGAAACUGGCAUCGGCAAGUCGACUCUCAUGGAUUCGUUGUUCAACACCACCUUCGAAUCUCACCAAAGUCCACACACUUUGGAAAAGGUCAAACUGAAAGCCAAUACUUACGAGUUACGGGAGAGCAACGUCCGAUUAAAGUUAACGAUUGUAAAUACCGUUGGCUACGGCGAUCAAGUGAACAAGAGCAACAGUUUAAAGGAUAUUUUGGAUUACAUCGAGGCUCAGUUUGAAGAUUAUCUACAGGAAGAAUUGAAAAUAAAGCGAUCGAUGCCCAGCUACCAGGAUACUCGCAUUCACGUGUGUCUGUACUUUAUCUGUCCGACCGGUCACGGACUAAAAGCCAUCGACUUGGUGUGCAUGCAAAAAUUGGAUAAGAAAGUAAACAUCAUUCCGAUCAUUGCGAAAGCCGAUACCAUAUCGUCCCUCGAAUUGAAGCAUUUCAAGAAUAAAGUCAUCAGCGAGCUUCGAAAUUUCGGCGUGGACAUUUAUAAAUUUCCGACAGACGACGAGAGUGUCGCGGAUGUCAACAUGAAAAUGAACGCUCAGAUACCAUUCGCUGUAGUUGGCAGUACGGAUUUCAUUCGCGUCGGUAAUAAAAUGAUGCGAUCUCGCGAAUACCCGUGGGGCGUGGUGGAAGUCGAAAACGAAUCCCACAGCGAUUUCGUGAAGCUCCGCGAGAUGCUGAUUCGCACGAACAUGGAGGACAUGCGCGAUAAGACUCACAAUUAUCACUACGAAUUGUACCGGAGAAAGCGGCUGCAAGAGCUGGGCUUCGAAGAUAACGAAAACGAGGAGGGUCUUUUUAGUUUCCAAAGGGUGUGCGAAAUGAAGAAGGCCGCGUUUGAGCAAGAAACACAGCAGAGAGAGGAUGACAUGAGAAAGUCUUUCGUGAUUCGAGUCAAAGACACCGAAGCUGAAUUGAAAGAGGCACAGAAAGAGCUUUACGAUAAAUUUGAGCAGCUCAAGCAGGACUGCGCAGAGGAGAAGAAAAGACUGGAUGAAGAGCGUCAGCAGUUGGAGAAAGAAAUCAAGGAGUUCAAUAGGCUGAAAGUUCAGGCGACCUGCAUGCAGUAUCAAUCGACUUACACGCUCACUUUGAGAAGAAACAAGAAGAAACCAUAGAUCGAUGAUCUUCGAAUAGUUCAAUCGAUUAUUUGUUGAGAGUGUUGAGGCGAUCCUUAUGUUAAGAGUGAGAAUCGAAAAUACAGGAAUAGCCGCAUUCUAUUGCGUUGUAUUGCAUUAAAAAAAAA